GGAAGCAAGCUCUUUGAUUGAUUGGCCACAGAGCCGGUUUCACGGCCACGGCACUUGACUUCAUUUCUCCCCCGAGCGGACGGCUCUCGGAGUGCGGCGCGGUACUCCAUCGCCUCGGUAGCUGCGACAAGAUAGACAAAAAAAAAAUAAAAAAAAUGCGGUCUUUAUUUAGGAGUUGAAUGGAGUUAGUCGCCAUAUUCGUCCUGGUGUGUAUCGCGGAAUUGAAGUGUCGAUGCCUUCGAGGAGGAAUAUACUGCCACGCAACCAAAGAUAAACAAGCCGUAUGAGAAGAGACAACUCUUUUUUCCACUAAACAUAUGCUGGGGUUGUGAAGACGCGUUCAGGCCCGCCCAGGCUGUGUGCCGCUCUAGAGCACCAUCAUGCUGGCCUGCAUUCAAAGACGGCAGAACUUCUCCUCGUCCUCGCAGCAUCUGACCUGCAUGCCUAAAAGCCUCGAUGUCCUGACGCCGCCAUUGCUGCUGCCGGUUCCACCGCCACAGCAGCAGCAGCAGCAGCCGUCAUGCAGCCAUAAAGGCGAGCCUUCACGGUACCCUUCUCCCGCCGAGCUGGACGCCUUCGCCAAGAAGAUCGCCAACAGUCCGCUGUCCAUCAAGAUCUUCCCGUCUGACAUCCGGGUGCCACAACACAAACAGCUGAGCAAGACGGUGAAUGGCCUGGACACCACCGGCCAGAGCUACAGCCCCUACUCGCAGUCCUACCACCGCGGUUUGUUGGCCAUCGGGAAGUCGACGGCGGCGCCAACAAGCGCGGCCAAAAGCGUGGUGAAGAACUGUGAGGGAAGAAGGACUAAACACGCCUGCAUGGCGCCGUAUAAAACUCUGAAUAACGGCUACUCCCUCAGGCACAAGGCCUACCACGUGAGCGCCUGUAAUCCCCCGGAUGUCCCGGUGGAGACGCUCUGUCCGAGCACCGCAGACCCCAGCCUGCUUUCUCGCCCAGAGCUGGUGGAGGUUCAGAGCCUGAUGAGGCAGCUGAGCAAGGUCCCCCGCUGCCCUGGCGUGGCGCCUCCGCAGCUUGGGGGCGAAGUGGCGGCCGCCGCGGUGGCCCACUCGGACUACGCCGCGGGCGUCCCGCCGCCGCAGAGCAGCAUGGCGUUCAGCGGGGCGGUGCUGCCCACGCAGAGCGCCGCCCACGUGGGCGACUACACGGCGUGGCAGCAUCAGAUGUAUCCCACCAGGAUGUACGGCAUCGGACAAUCACCCGACAGCUGCCUCCCUUUGCCGUCCUCGUACGGGUUGCACCCUCCCAACGCGGGCCGGGAGCGACUGGGCGCCAUGCAGGGUCACUUCUCCAUGCGACACUUUUGGGACGGCGUCGCCGCCACGCCCAGCGGCGACUGCUACACUCCUCAGGUGCUUGUCACGGGCACGAUGGCGGCCCAGCACCCCCGCCUCCACCCCAACCCCUACCAGACGCAUUUCCAGCCCGCCCCUCUCCUCGCUCACGCUCAGGUCUACGGCGCGGACCAAAACCUCUGCUGCGGGCCGCCGGGCGCCAGCGUGUGCCACGCCGCGGCGCUCGGCAGGAGUCUGCAGUCUCUGGAGUGCCUCAUCAGCGAGAUCCACCCGCCCUGCAUCAAAGAGAGCAUGCUGGGCCGCGCCUACGAGGCCACGCAGAUGCUGGAGCACCACCAGCAGCCUCAUCUUCACGCCCACAUCCAGCUCCCCGUCUACAGAUGAGACGCCUCGUCGUCGCACCGCAAGCCGCAAGACAGGAACAUCAUCCGCUGCCAUUACUCCUCAGUGACGACGCGGUCACCGCACCUGCGCUACUCAUCGUUUGCCGUGACAAGUGAACACUCUGCAGGUUACAGGAACAAUAAAGUUACUUGAAUCUUGAAAGCAGCUCUGGUAACGCUACUUUUUUUUUUCAACUUCUGCAAUAUGAUUCUUAGGGGCGAGAUAGUUUGACCGUGUGUGGUAUGUAUUCUUUGUCAUGCAUAUUCUGUCACCUUUUUAUAUCAUUUGUAUGUCGUCUGAAUCAAGCAGAAUGUGCCCUUUUGCUUUUGUUUGGCAUAAGAUACACUUGCCGGCCACUACAUUAGGUACACUACGAACACACAACUCAUAACAAGAAUUCUAAAUGUACAUUUCGAUUAACUCUUGAGGCACCGUUAGGGUAAUCAAACAUGUACAUUCUGCAUUUUUGAUUGUCAAUAUAUCAGUCCCUUUUAAGGAUAAUUGGAUGACACUUAGACUGAUUAAGUCCAAUUAACUAUAAAGAAAUAUUCUAAAAAUACAGCAAUCCUGAUGUAUUAUGAUGGUUUUGCCAAAAAUGUUCAAAAACAUUAAUAUAUCAACAAAUGAAUUAAAAAUAUAUACCGUAUUUUUCGGAGUACAAGUCGCUUCGGAGUAUAAGUCGCACCGGCCGAAAAUGCAUAAUAAAGAAGGAAAUAAACAUAUAUAAGUCGCAUUUUUUGGGGAAAUGUAUUUGAUAAAAGCCAACACCAAGAAUAGACAUUUGAAAGGCAAUUUAAAAUAAAUAAAGAAUAGUGAACAACAGGCUGAAUAAGUGUACGUUAUAUGAGGCAUAAAUAACCAACUGAGAACGUGCCUGGUAUGUUCAGUGUUUCCCAUAAACUGCCAAGAUACCUGUGGCGGUGGGGGCGUGGUUAUGGGCGUGGUCACCAUGACAUCAUCGAGUAAUUUGCAUAAUUUACUACAAUGAUAUGAUUUUCUCUAAAAAGGCUCAAAAAAUGUGUACUUACUAAUUAAUAAUAACAGUUUUGUUUUAAACGUCCAUCCUUCCAUCCAUUUUACAAUAUAAUUACAACACUUUAUGUACAUAUUUAUAUACAGAUUUGAACAAUAAGUUAUUCACUGAAAUGUAUUUAUUAAUUGUGGUUCUUACAAAAAAUAUAUCUUAUAAAAUAUAAAAGCUAAAAUGUCUCUUAAAGCUCUGCCCCUUUAAUUAGUGCAUACUAAAUAAUUUAACUUUAGCCUACUACUACAACCAUAUUAUUUACCAGCAACAUAAAGUGAAACAGAGGCAGAGGUGUCCUGCCACAGUCAGUAACAAAUAAACAGAAAACAGUAGUGGUCAAAUACAAAUAAGGCAACAAGAGAAGUAUCCUACACUUCUCUUUUGUAAAGUAAAUCUGAACAGCCUAUGUGAGCAUCUACAUCAACUAUAUGAUUUGCCUGAGAAGCUGGACAGGACAAAAAAAAAUAAAACUUUUUUUUUUUAAAAACCUAUUUGUGGCGGACGUAAUUCUUUCGUGGCGGGCCGCCACAAAUAAAUGAAUGUGUGGGAAACACUGAUGUUAACGUAACAUAUUAUGGUAAGAGUCAUUCAAAUAACUAUAACCUAUAGAACAUGCUAUACGUUUACCAAACAAUCUGUCACUCCUAAUCGCUAAAUCCCAUGAAAUCUUAUACGUCUAGUCCAGGGGUAGGGAACCUACGGCUCUCGAGCCAGAUGUGGCUCUUUUGAAGGCUCUCAGAUACAUCUUAGCUGACAUUGCUUAACACGAUAAGUAAUUAAUAAUUCCGCUGGUAAUCACGUUCAAAAUAUGCAUUUUAAUCCAUCCAUACGUUUUCUACCGCACCUGUUCAAGAAGUCACAUUAAUGGUAAGAAGUAUUUUAUUUAUUAUUGGCUAGCUUCAGAAUAACAAUGUUAUUAAAAAGAAAAAGAGGAUUAAAAAAUGUUGGCCCUACUUAAAAAUGCACACAUUUAGUUGUAUUCAGUGUUAAAAAAUAUUACGUGGCUCUCACGGAAAUACAUUUUUAAAUAUUUGGCUUUCAUGGCUCUCUCAGCCAAAAAGGUGAAUGAGCUAAAUAAUAUUAUUUGAUAUUUUACGGUAAUGUGUUAAUCAUUUCACACAUAAGUCACUCCUGAGUAUAAGUCGCACCCCCGGCCAAACUAUGAAAAAAAACUGACUUAUAGUCCGAAAAAUACGGUAUAUAUAUACAGUCGUGGUCAAAUGUUCACUUGUAAGGAACAUAAUGUCAUGUCUGUCUUGAGUUUCCAAUCAUUUCUACAACUCUUAUUUUUUUGUGAUAGAGUGAUUGGAGCACAUACUUGUUGGUCACAAAAAAACAUUCAAUUUAUUAUGGGUCUACUGAAAAUGUGAGCAAAUGUGCCGGGUCAAAAGUAUACAUACAGCAAUGUUAAUAUUUGCUUACAUGUCCCUUGGCAAGUUUCACUGCAAUAAGGAAGCUUUUGGUAGCCAUCCACAAGCUUCUGCUUGAAUUGUUGACCACUCCUCUUGACAAAAUUGGUGCAGUUCAGCUAAAUGUGUUGGUUUUCUGACAUGGACUUGUUUCUUCAGCAUUGUCCACACGUUUAACCUCUAAAGGGCUUAGUGGCCACAUGCGUGGACAGCACCUCUUAGCUCUUAUUUCCAAAAUUGUGUACACUACUGAAUUGGGGUCUUAUGGCCACUUAUGUGGACACUUACACUGCCAUCUGGUGGUGUCAGAAGAGUAUAACAUACAAUGGAAUUUGGAAAAGAAAAGUGUAAAAAUAAAAAAUUAGCAUGUCACUACACAUGAAGUACACGUUUGUGUACUUAUGGACUAAGUACAUCAUAUAAAAAGAUGAUUUUUAGUUUUUAUUCUAAUUAGGGUCCAAUAAGCCCAAAUAGCAAAGAGAACUUAAAAAAACAUGUAAACAAACAGCUUGGGGCUUAAGAGGUUAAGUCAGGACUUUGGAAAGGCCAUUCUAAAACCUUAAUUCUAGCCUGAUUUAGCCAUUCCUUUACCACUUGUGACAUGUGUUUGGGGUCAUUGUCCUGUUUGAACACCCAACUGCGCCCAAGACCCAACCUCCGGGCUGAUGAUUUUAGGUUGUCUUGAAGAAUUUGGAGGUAAUCCUCCUUUUUUAUCGUCCCAUUUGAAGCACCAGUUCCAUUGGCAGCAAAACAGGCCCAGAGCAUAAUACUACCACCACCAUGCUUGACGGUAGGAAUGGUGGUCCUGGGAUUAAAGGCCUCACCUUUUCCCCUCCAAACAUAUUGCUGGGUAUUGUGGCCAAACAGCUCCAUUUUUGUUUCAUCUGACCACAGAACUUUCCUCCAGAAGGUCUUAUCUUUGGCCAUGUGAUGUCAGAUGAAACAGAAAUUUAGCUGUUUGGCCACAAUACCCAUAAUAAAUUCAUAAAAGUAGCAAACUUCAUGAAUGUUUUUUGUGAUCAACAAGUAUGUGCUCUAAUCACUCUAUCACAAAAAAAUAAGAGUUGUAGAAAUGAUUGGAAACUCAAGACAGCCAUGACAUUAUGUUCUUUACACGUGUAUGUACACUUUUGACCACGACUGUAUGUACAGUACUGGCCAAAAGUUUGGACACACCUUCUCAUUCAAUGUGUUUUCUUUAUUUUCAUGACUAUUUAUACAUUGGAGAUUGUCACUGAAGGCAUCAAAACUAUGAAUGAACACAUGUGGAGUUAUGUCCUUUACAAAAAAAGGUGAAAUAAUUGAAAACAUGUUUUAUAUUUUUGUUUCUUCAAAAUAGCCACCCUUUGCUCUGAUUACUGCUUUGCACACUCUUGGCAUUCUCUCCAUGAGCUUCAAGAGGUAGUCACCUGAAAUGGUUUUCACUUUACAGGUGUCAUAGUUUUGAUGCCUUCAGUGACAAUCUACAAUGUAAAUAGUCAUGAAAAUAAAUAAAAACACAUUGAAUGAGAAGGUGUGUCCAAAC